GCCGAAGCACACGGCGUGGGGGAACCAUCUUUUCAAAGCGUCGUAUUCGUUCACUGUUGUGUGUCGCUUUAGAGCAACGUGAUCAGUGGUUUGUAGACGUGAUGACGUCAGACUUCGAGGCACAAGCCGAGAGCGCGUUUAAAGCCGAGUAGGGCGUGAAAGUGUGUGUCGUGCCGCUCGUUUUCCUCCUAGUUCGUUUAAUCUAUUCUAUCCACGAAUAUGUGCAAAUAGCAGCGUGUGCCUCCGUAAAGCUACGGGACAAUUAUGUUCGGUGCUGUUUUAACGUGAUUAAUAGUGAAAAGGAUACGAUGUUCCGCUGCAUUCCGAUUUUUAAAGGGUGUAACAGGCAGGUGGAAUACGUUGACAAGCGUCAUUGCUCUCUGCUGAGCGUCCCCGACGAUAUUUUACGAUACUCGAGAAGCUUGGAGGAACUGCUGUUGGACGCAAAUCACAUCAGUGAUCUACCGAAGAACUUCUUCCGAUUGCAAAGGCUACGAAAACUUGGCCUGAGUGACAAUGACAUUCAUCGCUUGCCACCAGAUAUUCAGAACUUCGAAAACCUCGUGGAGUUGGAUGUAUCCAGGAAUGAUAUACCAGAUAUUCCUGAGAACAUCAAGAAUUUACGGGCACUUCAGGUGGCGGACUUCAGUAGCAAUCCAAUUCCAAGGCUCCCAGCAGGUUUUGUGCAGCUAAGGAACUUGACUGUUCUAGGGCUUAAUGAUAUGUCCCUAACGAAUCUACCACCUGAUUUCGGAAGUUUGGAGGCACUGCAGUCAUUGGAGUUGAGGGAAAAUUUGCUCAAAACUUUGCCGGAAUCACUGUCGAAACUUUAUAAAUUGGAGCGACUGGAUCUUGGUGACAAUGACAUUGAUGUCUUGCCAGCACAUAUAGGAAAAUUGCCAGCAUUACAAGAAUUAUGGUUAGAUCACAAUCAGUUGCAACAUUUACCAUCUGAAAUUGGACAAUUGAAAACGUUAGCGUGUUUAGACGUGUCGGAAAAUCGGUUGGAAGAUCUUCCAGAAGAAAUUGGAGGUUUAGAAUCCUUGACGGAUUUACAUUUAUCUCAAAAUGUUAUUGAAAAAUUGCCUGAUGGACUUGGAGAGCUUAAGAAACUGACCAUUCUUAAAGUUGAUCAAAAUAGACUUUCUACUUUAAAUCCAAAUAUAGGCAGGUGUGAAAAUUUACAGGAACUAAUUCUUACAGAAAAUUUUCUGUUAGAACUGCCUUCAACUAUAGGAAAACUUCUUAAUCUAAAUAAUUUAAAUGUAGACAGAAAUAGUUUACAAUUGCUUCCUACAGAAAUCGGGAAUUUGAAACAGUUGGGUGUACUAUCUCUAAGAGAUAACAAAUUGCAAUAUCUUCCAGUUGAAGUUGGCCAUUGUACUGCUCUUCAUGUUUUAGAUGUAUCCGGCAAUAGAUUACAGUAUUUGCCAUAUUCCUUGAUCAAUCUGAACUUAAAGGCAGUAUGGUUAAGUGAAAAUCAAGCACAACCAAUGCUUACUUUUCAAACAGAUAUCGAUGAUGAAACUGGACAAGAAGUAUUAACAUGUUUUCUCCUGCCACAAUUAGAAAUUCAUCCUGAUGAUUCAGGAAGACUUGGUAUGCUUGUUGGGAUGAGAAAUGCUGUUCAAGGUGGCGACGUACGUGAACUUGGUAGCAGUGACGACGAAGAAUGGCAAGAAAAAGAAGCAUCACGAACGCAUUCUGUUAAAUUUACAGACGAACCUCCAGAAACUGAUAAGGAGACACCAUUUGUACGGCAAAAUACUCCUCAUCCUAAAGAAUUGAAAGCAAAGGCUCAUAAAUUAUUCAGCAAAGGAAAGAAUGACAGCCGAUCAGCGUCUACAGAAGAACAGGAUAUUUCUCAAACGUUUGGUUUAGAUAAAACUGAGACUGAUACCAUAACAAAAUCUAGUGAUUUAAUAGAAGGUUCUACGGAAUUAGAACCAGCAAAACCUGAAUCGGUAGAAAAUGAAGAAACACAAAUCGUACCUGGAACAUUGACUAACAAUGCGGAUCUCCAGUCUAAUAACGAAUCAGAAGUAGUUUGUAAUAAAUAUGCUGCAGAACCUAGUGCUGAGACAAGGAUUGAUGAUUCAGUUUCUGAGCUAAAGGAGAAAAGUGAAAAGGAAGAUGACGAAUCCGAAAACGAAGGGACUGAAAGACACGUAGAAUUUUCUGUAACAGAGGGUACUGAUUAUGAAGGUAGCGGUGAUUCAAAUAGACCAAAUAGGCUUCAUCGUAGAGACACUCCACAUCACCUGAAGAAUAAACGUAUUCAUACGACGGUAGAUAAAGAAAAAGUAGCUUCCAUUAUUGCCCAGGCACUUAUGAAGAAACCUGACGACACACCUACAUCCACGUCAGCGCCGGCAGAACCUGCGGAAAAUUUUGACACUCAAAGUCAAGGCGCCACAUCCGAUGCUGAACCAACAAUAGAAGUAAGAGAAGAACAAUAUGAAAUUCAUAUCGAAAGAACGACUGGGGGUCUUGGUUUGUCGAUAGCCGGUGGAAUUGGUUCAACCCCUUUUAAGGGUGACGAUGAAGGCAUUUUUAUUUCCAGAGUUACCGAAGGUGGACCUGCAGAUUUAGCGGGUUUAAAAGUCGAAGAUAAAGUAUUAUCCGUAAAUGGUGUAUCGGUAGUAAACGUAGGUCAUUACGAUGCUGUAGAAGUUUUGAAGGCGUGCGGACGUGUCCUUGUAUUAGUAGUUCAAAGAGAAGUAACGAGGAUAGUACCGCCGUAUGAACAGGGAUCAUCUAGAAAAGAUUCAGCGUGCUCGAGUUUGAGUACCAGUAGAGCUCCAAGUGCAACAUCCCAUGUUUCAUCCACGGGUAUACCACAUAACUUAGAGAAUGGUGAUGCGUCUUUACCUCAUGACACUAUCAAGCCCAAGAAAAUUCCAGAACCUAUAUGUUCGACAAGGGCAGGAAGUGAACCAAUGGUAUCUGUUCUUGUUCAUACGACAUUAAUACGGGACCAAAAUGGGCUUGGAUUUAGUAUUGCUGGUGGAGAAGGUUCCCCGCCAUUUAAAGACAAUAGUGAUGCGAUAUAUAUCUCAAGAAUAACCGAUGGUGGUGUGGCACAAAAAGAUGGUAAAUUAUUAGUUGGGGACAAAGUAAUAUCUAUAAAUGGUGUUGAAAUGAGAGGAGCUAAACAUGAACAAGCAGUUGCUUUGUUAACAGGCUUGGAAAGAUUCGUUCGACUAGUAGUCGAACGUGAAAUUCCAAUUUCCCAAGCGAACGCAGCCACGGUUGUAACACCUUCAGAAAAAUCACCACGUGUUAUUGGGGCUCCUAAACCAUAUACAGGAUUGUAUAAUGCAAAUAGUUAUAUUGCAAAUAAGCCAGGGUAUACCAGCUAUCGACGUUCCGUCGAUGCUGAUAGGACUUUAUCUCCGAGUCCCACUUCAAAAACACCGCCUCCCAUGAAAAUAGAAAUUACUGAGACGACCAAAAUGAAUGGCGUUACAGAAACAGGAGGCUCCGUUAAGAAUGCUCCAUCAAUAUCGCCAAGUCCGACAAAUAGUCAACCGCAUCCACAACCUGCUCCGAGGCAUAGCAUUUCACAGCCGACGAUUACACCCACGACAACUGCUAGCUCGACGCCUACCUCUCCUACAGAGCCUAGGUCAACCUCACCCCAGGAAGACAUACAGGUACCGAAGCCUAUCACCAACGAAGAAUUUCAGGCUAUGAUUCCCGCUCAUUUCCUUCGUCCUACAUCCUCGCCAUCGCCAGACCCCCAUCAAGGCCCUAUCGUGACGGUGACAAUAAAACAGCCUGAUAAUCUACCUGGAGAUGUUAAUUUUCCUCCGGCUCCUACCACUCUUGGUAAAGUUACUGAGACCAUCACAAAGAGCACUCUCACCGAGACCGUCGUAACUAGGGUGACCGAAAAUCAAUUGGUACCACCAGUGAUUAUUGAGGAUGUAGUUCUUGUGAAAGAGGGAUCUUUAGGAUUCAGUAUCAUUGGUGGUACAGAUCAUUCUUGUACACCAUUUGGUGCAAAAGAACCAGGAAUUUUCAUAUCACAUGUUGUACCUGGUGGUAUUGCUGCAAAAUCUGGUAAAUUAAGGAUGGGUGAUAGAAUACUGAAGGUAAACGGUACUGAUGUAACAAAAGCUACUCAUCAAGAGGCUGUGAUGGAACUUUUACGACCAGGAGAUCAAAUUAUUCUUACUGUUCAACAUGAUCCAUUACCAGAGAAUUACCAGCUGGUCGAAAUAGAGUACAUCCCUGUGACAGAAUUGGUUAUAACGAAAGAACCAGGAGAAAAACUGGGCAUGCACAUAAAAGGCGGACUUCGAGGACAAAAGGGUAAUCCCCUUGAUCACACGGACGAAGGAGUUUUUAUAUCUAAAAUAAAUUCAGGUGGCGCAGCUAAAAGAGAUGGAAGACUGAAGGUUGGCAUGAGACUAUUGGAAGUGAAUGGUACAUCAUUAUUAGGUGCAACUCAUCAAGAAGCAGUAAAUAUACUGCGUUGUUCAGGAAACACAAUUACAUUGGUAGUUUGUAAGGGGUAUGAUAAAAACGAAGUUGAACCAGUGUACCCCGUAUCCGAUGGAAGAGAUUCUAAGGAAUCUAGAACAUCGAAGGAGUUCAAAGAUCCUGCAGCCGAUGGUACUAAAUCUUUAUCACAGAGUGUAUCCAGUUUAGAUCGCGACGACGAAGAAGCGGCAACACUCAGGCAAGAGCAAGAAAUGAAAGCUGAACUUGUGGCAUGGGAACAAGAAGAAAGAGAACGUGCUUUGCUUGAGCAUAGAGAAAAGUCUACUCCUGAAAAAGUAUUAGAUGUAGUAAGAGCAGCUGAAUCAUUAGUAAGCAAGUCAAAUAGUCCUGUCGAUAUGGUUCCACCAAAAUCACCAGGUGGCACUAAAGAUCUCAAAACGACUACCAUUGUAAUGAGCAAACAUACUUUAGCACCACAAAAUACAAAUUCACUGAGGGAAGAGAGAGCUGUAGCACCAGUGGACAAUUCGUCGCCUCAGUCUCCGGUCUCUGCUCUUACUCCAUCAAAGAAUAUCAAUCGUAAUACUACUGCCCAAACCUUGCCCUCUCCAAAGAAAAAAAGUUCUGCGCCAAAACGUAGCAUUACGUUCGCUGAUCUUCCUCCAGUUUCCAGAGAAGAAUCAAUUAAUUAUACCUAUUCGCCUAAAAUGAAAGAGGAACGGCCAUCAUCCUUGCAUGAUAAAUUUACUUCAGAUCCUCAGAUUGGUUCUUAUAAGAAAGUUUAUCAUAGUCCUACUCAAACUACUCGUUUCAAACUUCCUCCAACACCUUUAACUGCUCCUAUGUCCAUAGAAGAUCAUGGCACUUCGGCUUCUUUUAGCAAACGACAGAACGCACGCUCUGUUGAUGGGAAUAUUCAGGUUGAGUCUUCACCAACACCAUCACCAACUCCACCUCUAGUAAAGAUGUCAGUUAGCGACAAAAAGAAAUUGUUUGAAAGUGCCAUGGAGGAACAUCUAAAACCUUCGCCUAAACCAGAAAAAGUAUUCAGUUUUCUAAGUCAGGAUGAAGUUGAGAAAAUGAAGCAAGAAGAAGAAAAAAAGAUUGCCACUUUAACACGAGAUGAGUUAAAAUCAUGGGCUCAACUUGAUGAAAAUGAAGGUUUAGAAGAUUUGGAGGAAACACUAGAAGAUCAGGAUAACAGGCGACCUAAUAGCCGACUGAGCUCGCGAAGUUCGAUCCCCCUUCUGCAGAACCUUCCAAGCAGUGUAAGGACAGCAAAAGCAGAACGUCGCUUGAAGGAGAGACUGGUACAGGAGGGGAUAAUUUCGGAUGAAGAUGAAGAAAGCCAUUUGAGUCCUGCUGAACAAAGAGCUUUAAGAGCAGAAAAACGUGCAGCAUGGAGACAGGCGCGUUUAAAAUCUCUUGAACAGGAUGCUCUUCAAGCGCAAAUAGUAAUUAAAAAAAUGAGCGAAAUGAUGGAUACUGCGAAUAAAGCAGAUACCCUGCAGGAUUCCACUGAUUCCGUCACUCCUGUUCCAGAAUCAGAAAAGGCAGCUGAUUUCACUACGUUACGGCCGUCUAGUGCAGAUUUUCCCAAACUUGCUGUACGCAGCAAGCUGGGUCCCCCUAAAGAGAUACGCGAAUCCGAGAAAGUAGUGGACGAGAAGGUCACUCGGCGUACCGAGGAAUAUGUGGAUGAGGUGACGGGUGAACGUCGUGUACGAACAGUUGAAUACGUCGAGAAGCUCAUUGAGCGACAGGUUGAAACACUUCGAGAAAAGAUUAUUUCACUGGAAUUAAGUAAUGCUGAAGACGAAGUUGAAAGUAUUACCGGCACAGGAGCAAGCGAUGCUGAAAGCGAAAGUGAAGAAGUUACAGGACAGUCUUCGGCUGUGAGUACACCGAAAGAAAAAACUGAAACAAUUAUACCUACAAAUAUCACUGAAGGUGCCGCUCCUAAGAUAAGUGCAAAUACUGUUGUUGUUUCAAAGAAAAAGAAACGAAAACGUUCGAAAAAGGGUCGUCAUUGACCUAAAAAAAGGAUUCUGGUGCAAAAUGAAAAAAAAAAUACAAAAACAAAAAGACAUGUGCAAGGAAAUUGGUGAAACACUUCCUUGUAAACAGCAUUGUGAAAGUGUGUUCCAGUAAUGUAAACAUUGCAUUACAUUGAUCUUUACAUAUUUUCAAUUACAAAUCUCGACUGUAUUGGUGCAUGUAGUACUACAAAUCGUUCAUUAUAUGUUGCGGAUUCAAAGUAUACACAUGUGUGUAUAAGAUAUCAUUUCAUAUCCAUGAUUUAAUGUAAUUUAUUUAGGUGCAUUCAAAACUAUGUUUAUUUCUAAUAUACGUCGUGCUAUGUUUUUAGUAUCAAUUAUGCAGUUUCCUAAAAUAAUACAUUUUUCAAUAGGAUUAGCAUUUCAUCUUUACUAAACUGGUGCAACCUGAUAAUCGGCAAUCAUCUUCCAUAUUUUAUAUAAUGACAAAAUGUAUAUUUAAUACUUUCUUUUUUUUAGAAAUUCAACUUAAAAUAUUUCAAUUUUGAAGGAAUUAUUACUUUAAAAAAAAUGAGAUCUCUGAUGGAAUUAUAAAUUAGUAUUUAUAUAACAUCGGAAUAGUAUUUUUUUUUUCAAUACUAUGGUCUUAAUUAUUUUAUAAAAUAAUUUAUUAAAGUCAGAUCAUAUAGAAAAUUCAUAUGGUUUAAUCUAUAUAGAAUGAUACACAUUCCCUUUUUUAAUUUUUAUUUUUUUUCUUCUUUGAACUGUUACUAUUAUAAAUAAUAUUCUUGUGUUGAAACUCAAGUAAUUUAAACAACAGUAUUUUGGUUAUUGAAUACGAAUAAUAUAAUUUGAAAACUUUCAAUUAAAUUAUAAUACAUGAUUGGCUUCAAAUGUAUGUAAGAUAAAUUAUAAUUAGUUAGCAUGAGAAUGAAAAGUAACGUAAACCACGAUUAAUGAAAUGUGGUUUGUAAAGUAUUUUAUUUAUUUUCCUUUAGAAAUAAGUAAAUUAAUAUAUAUAUUAUGUAAAACUGUUUUAAUCUAUUUGAAGAUUCAUUUAAAAAGCAUAUGUAUUUAAUCAUAUUGUUAAAUAUCAACAUCGUUUAAUCAUGCAUCUUUAGAAGCAAUACUUUAAUGUAUUUAAAGUAUGUUGUUCAUUUAAUUUAAAAGUUGCCACUAAUGUAAUGAACACUAGUAUUGAAUUUUUUAAUUGUUCUAAAUAUAAAAUUACAAUACAUAUUCACGAAUUCUAUCUUUUGAAUUCAUUUAUUUUAAUUUAUUUAUGCUAACAUUUAUUAUAUUUUGUCGCUAGUAUAUUUCAUUUUACAAUACACCAAUAUAUUUUUAUAACUGUUUUCGAUUAUAUACUCAAUAUAUGUGAUUUUAUGGCAUAUAAUUUGCAUUGAAACUUGGUAAAAUAAUUAAUAUAUAUAUUAAUUUGGUAACAUCAAUAAAAUAUUGCAAUAUACGUAUUAUUUGUAUCUUAAAUUUAAUUUUUCUCAUUUUUCUCGUUCUUGCAAUAUUAAGUAAACAUCAUUAAGCAUAAAAAUAAUUGUAUGUUUAAUAGACAAUUUUUAAUGAAAACAGAUUGUAUUUUUAGUACUAAGAUUUAUAAAAAUUAUACGUGUAAAAUUACAUAAUGUAUAAUAUAAGCAAAGAUUAAUUCAGAUAAAUACACUAUUAACUGUGGUGUAUAAUGCGGUUAAAGGAGCGGGACCAAUAUUCUGCAUAUAAAUUAUACAACAAAAAUGAAGUACAUUCUUAAUAGAAACAUUAUGUAUGAUUUAAUAUUUGUUGUCAAUAUUAUAGCAACAACAAUGAAAUGAUUAAUGGCAUUGCUUAUAAGAUAUUGUGCAAACAUUAUGCCAACAUUAACACAUUUAAAAAAAAUGAAUACUCUUAAUGUAAAAGUUAUAGUGUUAAAUGUUAUAAUUGUAAAAUCAUUUAACGCUAUAACAUCCUUGCAGAAAACCACGUUCGCUAAUAUCUUAUAAUUAAAUUUUUUAUGUUAUACAAAACAGGAUCAUAUUUGCAAACUCUCAUAUUAAAAGUAAUAAAAAUAUAGAAAUCGAAAUAAUUUAUAUAUACCAUUACAGUACUUGUAUUAAUUCUUAUUUAUAUAACUAAUUCAAGAAGAAUAAUACAUUUCGUUGUAUACGUUUUAUAUUUUGAUAAUAUCGCAUAGUUUAUUUUAUAAAUAAUAAGCUGAAACUACCGAUUUCCUUAAAUGUGUCAGAUUAAACUAAUAAAGUGCUGUUUAUAUGAUUAGUACUAAAUAUUUAUGGUACUAAGUUGACAAAUAAAUAUAUAUUUAUUUAUCUGUGUUUUCUAUUAAAUAA